AUGUCCUCCCUCACGCCCCUAAUCGACCUCAUCGUCCAGAACGCCCGCGUCUUCGAGGCUGCUUGCGCCUCCGCAGGUGAUGGAGGCGCAGAUGAUGCAGGCCCUGACAUCCUCGACCUUAACGCGCCCUUCAACCCCGCGUCCGAGGCCUUCCGGAAGGACCCCAAGGCGGCGGAGGCGGCGAAUGUGUUAGCAGCGGCGGCGUUCCAGCUGGCGGCGACGGUGCUGCCACCGCCGUCGACGUUGUUGGGCGUGGCAGAGGCGUACCUCAAGCCAGCCGCUUUGCGUGUCGCUGUGGAAGCCGGCGUGGUGGAAAUGUUACGCGAGGCGGGGUCGGAGGGCAUGCACGUCAACGACAUGGCCAAGCUCAAUGGGCUGGACCCGCAGAAGUUAGCCCGCUUCCUCCGUCUCCUCGCCUCAAACUUCGUCUUUCGCGAGGUCGCCCCCGAUGUAUUCGCCAACAACCGCAUCUCCAGUAUGAUUGACACCGGGAAGUCAAGCAAGGAGAUCCUUGCCGACCCCGAACACAAGUACGACGGUACCAGCGGUAUAUCUGCGAUAUGCGCCUUCAUCACCGACGAGCCCUUCAAAGCCGCCGCCCAAGUCUGGGGGACCGUCUCCGACCCCGCCGACGGGCUCUCCGGCGAGCCCGACGCCACUGCGAUGGCGCGCGCCUUCGGCGUCCGCGAGUCGGUAUGGAAGAUCAUGACGCGGCCGGAGAAUGCGCAUCGGUUGCGAAGGUUUAAUAUCGCGAUGGCUGGGAGUGCGGACUUGCAACCGGCGAAUGUGGUGCUUGGAGCCUUUGACUGGGCGUCGCUACCCGCGGGCGCGCUCGUCGUUGAUGUGGGUGGCGGGAUUGGGAAGUCGGGGCGGGCUAUUGUGGAGAGCAUUCCUUCGUUGAAGGUCGUGGUGCAGGAUCUUCCUGAGGUGAUUGAGGACGCAAAGAAGUGGUGGGCUGAGAGCAACUCCAAGGCUGUCGAAUCAGGACAGGUCACGCUCGAAGCUCACAGCUUCUUCGAGCCCCAAACCCUGCGCGGCGUCGACGUUUUUCUCCUCAAGCAGAUACUCCACGAUUGGUCCGACCCCUACUGCGCCAAGAUCCUCACACAUCUGCGCGCCGUCGCCACCCCUGGAAAGACCAAGCUCGUUAUCAUGGACAGCUGCUUGUCCCUCGCCUGCCGCGAACCCUUGGACGACCAAUUCAAAGACAUCCCCGGCGCGCUGCCGCACGAAGCGCCGGAGCCGCUGCUCCCGAAUUAUGGGCCUGCGAACGAUAGUGGGUACUUGCAGGAUUUGGUGAUGCUCCUGUCGUUCAACUCGCAAGAGCGGAACCUGCGGCAGUUCGAUACGCUACUUCGUGGCGCGGGAUGGAAGAUCACGUCGGUGAGGAGGACGCCGGGGCUUUUGACGAACUCUGUGGAGGCCGUACCGUUGUAAAGUGUCAGAGAACGCGCUCAACCGCCUGUGCAAGUACUUGUCCGAACAUCAAGGAAACGCCGCAAGGAAACGCAAGGGGUGGUCGAUCCUUGGAUCAACCACACAUCAACUGCCACGAGCGCGCUCCACGGCAGGCGUCGGCGGUCGACGGCAAGGUCGGCAGCGGUGCGGGGAUGUGACGCUGCGUCACAUAUCGGCGUUGCCUUGGCUGGCGCAAGGAGGCCGUACAUCGUUGGCAAAUGAGAUAUACUGAUUGUGAGCACUCUUUAGCGCUUCUUUAUGCUGAGUAGUACCCGUACCGACUGCUCGUGCUUCAUAUCUUGACUUCGACGUGC